AUGUCUCCCCACGCUAUUGAUUCACAGACUCUGGGCCAGAACGACCACUGGAACCUAUCCAAGUUUGCCGUCACAAAAAAUGCCUUCCUCCCUGAGGAGAGCCAGCCCAACAGGUUGUCGGACCCCUACUACGAAUCAUGGGAGCUCGUUGCCCACAACCUAGCAGAGCUUAUCGAGGCCGGCCGAGUUCAUGAUGCUAUCAAAGAACUUCCCGUCCUGUCAACGGACUUGCUCAAGUCUGAAGCUGAGUGGCGGAGAGCCUAUGUUAUCCUGGCUUUUUUCACUCACGCAUAUGUCUGGGGAGGAGAAAAGGCUGAAGAAAUUCUCCCAGCUUCAGUCGCCGUUCCGUUUCUCAGAGUCUCUGCCCGCCUCGAACUCCCCCCUGUCUUGACCUAUGCUGCCUGCAACUUGUGGAACUUUAGCUGCUCAGGAGACGACUUCUCCAAGCUGGAAGACCUCAGCACUCUCGUCACCUUUACUGGAACUGAAUCCGAAGCUUGGUUCAUGCUAGUCAGUGUUGCUAUUGAGGCCACUGCCGCACCCAUCAUCCAUACUAUGCUUCGUGCUCUUGAUGCCGUCAAGACCCGCGAUUACGAGGUCAUUAUUAAGUCUCUGCAAGAGCUGAAAGUUGGCAUUGAUAACACUAGUGACCUCAUGGAGAGAAUGUAUGAGCGCUGCGACCCCAUGGAAUUCUAUUACAAAGUUAGACCCUUCCUUGCCGGCAGCAUGAACAUGGAGGAUGCCGGUCUGCCAAAUGGAGUCUUUUAUUCCGAAGGAGAUGGUAAAGGCGAGUGGCGCAAAAUCAGGGGUGGAAGCAACGCACAGAGCUCGCUGAUCCAGUUCUACGACGCUGUCCUCGGCAUCGACCACAAUGGCCACUCAACCUCUACAAAGAGCUUCCACGACGAGAUCAGGGAGUACAUGCCCGGUCCUCAUGGAAGAUUCCUGGUGCAUGUAGCCCGUUCUGGCAGCCUCCGCGGAUUGGCCCUCGAAACACCUGUCCGAGAAGAGCAGCACCGUCUCAGAGAGGCUUACACGGCUGCAGUGGAUGCCCUCACCGAGUUCAGGGGCAAGCACGUCAAGCUCGUGACAAGAUACAUCAUCAUUCCCUCCAAGAAGCCCUGGGCUGGAACCACGCGCAGAAAUCUGGCCAGCUCUUCAUCGAGAAAAGGAGGAGAGGGACUGAUGGGCACUGGAGGCACCGAGCUUAUCCCGUUCCUGCGGCAGGCAAAGGUCGAGACCGAAGUUAACAAGAUUGAAAGGCCCGAAGAUUCUGAGAAAUGA